AUGCCCGAAGUACCUGCAGUAUAUAGGUGUGUUCGUAUCGCAGGAGAAGAUCGACGGAAAACGCCAUCAACAAGGUCUUCAACCUGGCCACAUGGGUUAAUCUUGAGCCGUCGCGACAACAGGAACUAUUAUGGGCUCGUAGCCCUUGACGUCAAAAACGCGUUCAACUCGACUUCUUGGAAACACGUGGACACGUCUCUCCGGAAUAGAGGUGUCCUUGGACAUCUGAUUAAGGCUCUUCGUUCCUAUAUAGAGAAUCGCACCCUUACGGUAUGCCGGUGCGACGGUUCUAGUCGCAGAUAA